UUUGGUGGCCGGGGCUUACAGUGGCGGGAGUUGGAGGCAAUUACUAGUCGUGUUCUGAGGGGCGCAAACUGCGAUUCUGCUGAACCCGGGGACAUUUCUACGGCUUCUCCCUCCGUUGAGCCUUUUCCUCCGGCCCAGAUGCUCUUCAAUUCACUGCUCCGUCAGCCCCAGUUCGGCAUCCCGAGAAAUGGGUGGUCUUCACAAUACCCUCUACAGUCCCUUCUAACUGGUUAUCAAUGUAACCCUAAUGAUGAGCAUACUUCUUAUGGAGAAACAGGGGUCCCAGUUCCUCCUUUUGGAUGCACUUUCUCUUCAGCUCCCAAUAUGGAGCAUAUACUAGCAGUUGCCAAUGAAGAAGGCUUUGUUAGAUUAUAUAACACAGAAUCACAAACCAGUAAAAAGAAGUGCGUUAAAGAAUGGAUGGCUCACUGGAAUGCUGUUUUUGACCUGGCCUGGGUCCCUGGUGAACUUAAACUUGUUACAGCAGCAGGUGAUCAAACAGCCAAAUUUUGGGAUGUAAAAGCUGGUGAGCUGAUUGGAACAUGCAAAGGUCACCAGUGCAGCCUCAAGUCAGUUGCCUUUUCUAAGUUUGAAAAAGCUGUGUUCUGUACAGGUGGAAGAGAUGGUAACAUUAUGGUCUGGGACACCAGGUGCAACAAAAAAGAUGGAUUUUAUAGGCAAGUGAAUCAGAUCAGUGGAGCUCACAAUACCUUAGACAAGCAAACCCCUUCAAAACCUAAGAAGAAACAGAAUUCAAAAGGACUUGCUCCUUCUGUGGAUUUCCAGCAGAGUGUUACUGUGGUCCUCUUUCAGGAUGAGAAUACAUUAGUCUCAGCAGGUGCUGUGGAUGGGGUAAUCAAAAUAUGGGAUUUACGUAAGAAUUACACUGCUUAUCGACAAGAACCCGUAGCAUCUAAGACUUUCCUGUAUCCAGGUAGCAGCACUCGAAAACUAGGAUACUCAAGUCUGAUUUUGGAUUCCACUGGCUCUACUUUAUUUGCCAACUGCACAGAUGACAGCAUCUACAUGUUCAAUAUGACUGGAUUAAAGACUUCCCCAGUGGCUACCUUCAGUGGACAUCAGAACUCUACCUUUUAUGUUAAGUCCAGUCUUAGUCCAGAUGACCAGUUUUUAGUCAGUGGCUCAAGUGAUGAAGCUGCCUAUAUCUGGAAGGUCUCCACACCCUCGUGUCCUCCUACUGUGCUCCAGGGUCAUUCUCAAGAGGUCACAUCAGUGUGCUGGUGUCCUUCAGACUUCACAAAGAUUGCCACCUGCUCUGAUGACAAUACCCUGAAACUCUGGCGCUUGAAUAGAGGCUCAGAGGAGAAAACAGGAGGAGAUAAAUUCUCCAUAGUGGGUUGGGCCUCUCAGAAGAAAAAGGAGGCCAGAGCCGACUUAGCAACAGUAACAAGUAGCCAGAGCACUCCCGCCAAAGCCCCCAGAGUAAAGAGCAGUCCAUCCAUUUCCUCCCCGUCAUCAGGAGCCUGUGCUCCCAGCUGUGCAGGAGACCUCCCCCUUCCUUCAAAUACCCCCACAUUCUCUAUUAAAACACCCCCUGCCAAGGCCCGGUCUCCCAUCAGCAGAAGGGGCUCUGUCUCCUCCAUCUCGCCCAAGCUACCCUCAGCUUUCAAGAUGUCCAUUAGAAACUGGAUGACUCAGACACCUUCCUCAUCACCACCCAUCACUCCACCUGCUUCUGAAACCAAGAUCACGUCUCCAAGAAAAGCCCUCAUUCCUGUGAGCCUGAAAUCUUCCCAAGCAGUGGCUUGCUCUGAGUCUAGAAAUAGAGUGAAAAGGAGGCUAGACGCAAGUUGUCUGGAGAAUGUGAAACAAAAGUGUGUGAAGAGUUGCAGCUGUGUGACUGAGCUUGACGACCCAGGUGAAAAGCUUCAUUUAGAUCUGUGCUGCCUUGCUGGUAACCAGGAAGACCUUGCUAAGGACCCGCUAGGUGCUACCAAACCAAGCAAGAUCGAAGGGACAAGUAUGAGUGUCUCAGAGCCUCCUUCUCCUGCCAGUCCUUAUGCUUCAGAAGGCUGUGGGACACUACCUCUUCCUCUGGGGUCUUGUGGAGAAGGGUCUGAAGUGGUAGGCAAAGAGAACAGCUCCCCAGAGAAUAAAAACUGGUUAUUGGCCAUGGCAGCCAAACGAAAGGCUGAGAAUUCAUCUCCACGAAGUCCAUCGUCCCAGACCCCCAAUUCCAGGAGACAGAGUGGAAAGACCUCUCCGGGACCGGUCACCAUCACUCCCAGCUCCAUGAGGAAAAUCUGUACAUACUUCCAUAGAAAGUCCCAGGAUGACUACUGUAGUCCUGAACGGUCAACAGAAUUAUAGAUUCUUGUCUGAGUGAGUUAACUGAACUUUGGCCCAUUAAAACAAGAUAAAAAAUACAACAGAGUAAUUAUGUAACUCUGGUCUUUAAGACAGCUACCGUUUUUUAAUUUUUAGAGAAAACCCUUCCAACUCUGAUAUUUACCUACUCUCGUUCUACCACCGUAGUGCCUACACAGCUCCCUCAGGAUGAAUGCUGUGUUUAAAUUCCAUAAGGUAGGUUUGCCACUCUAACAAUUUGAAUGAGUAGUCUUCACUUUUUAAAUUAUGCAUCUUCUCUACAAUAAUGACAUCCCAGCUCAUAGAGGGGAAAAAAACCAAGACUUGUCUCUUGUUAAUCUGAGACUUUCUAUGCACAGUGGAAAGUGUCUCCCAGCCAUAGCUGGAGGCAUGUCUGUGAAGGCCACUGCUAAAGACCCCCUGGAUCUGAGCUGCCUCAGACAAAUGUCACUUCAUUUAAAAUAUAUAAUUUUUACACUACACUCUUGGGGGAUUUUAAAUAUGCAUAAAAAUGUGAUGUUUAGAUAAGUACACUUACAUUGAUUCAGUAUUAAAAUAAUCUCUUAAGUUAAAAUCAUGUUUUAAAACCAGUGAUGAAUGUCAACUCUUUGGAGAAACUAGGAGAAUAACACUAGAAACCUUUGUCUUUUUUUCCCCCAAAUUCAUGUUCUAUGUGAGAUUUAAGGUCCCCAUAUUUUUUACCAAGCACUCUACUGUUACCAGCCCAACAUCAUGUUCUAUAAGAAGUUAUGAUUUUUGCCACUUACUAGAAGAAGAUGUUUAUAAAAUCAAUAGUCAUACACUGAAACCUGGGUUUGCAUUCAGUCCUCAGUUCUAGGGGCUGCAACCUUGUGAAAAAAUAAACCAUCAGAACCUAAAAAAAUCCAGAACCUAAAAAAAUAAAUCUUGGCUUAACUUGAUUUUUUGGCUUCUCUUUAUAUAAGCAACAACCCUCUAUUUAAAGCCCUGAGCCACAAGAAUUUUCUCUAGAUAUUUAAUAUAGAGAGUGUAUAGGCUGACUCUUAAGUUAAUAAUGUGCAAAAUAUCUUGAAAAUCCCUUCCCUUAAUCAACAGUUACACAUCAGUUAUCUUGAAAUGAACCAUUGUUUUAUAUUUCUCCCCUUUGUAGACUCAUAAAACUCCAGGUACUUUCUAUGUUCUAAAUCCCUGAGGACUGUGUAGACUUUAUUGUAUUUUUGCCAUAAUUCAAAAUUCUAUUCUUAAUGAUAACUCUUUAAUUCCUUUGAUUUUAGAAGCUAAGCUUAUAACAAUCAGAACUAUGUAGGUUGAUUAAGCAUGGAUUCUCCAUGGUUUUGUCCAAGGAGAAAAGUAAAUAAAGGGAAGCCAUAAAAUUACUGUUUUCAAAGCAAAGCACACUGUGACAUUAACUAAAUUUUAGGAACUCUGCUUAAAAUUGGUAUUUUAUUUUUUAAUGUUAGGCUGUGGGAAGGUGUUAUUUAUGACCAGUACCUGCCAAUAAUGCCAUAUCUCUCUCUGUUGCUUGGAAAGCCAGCAGGGAAGAGAAUCCAUAAAAAGAGAAUAUAACUAAAGUAGAUGAUUUGUUCUUUGUAUCCUUGUACAUCUCCUGACAGCUCUGCUGAGUGAAAUUGGGUAAGUGUGACUGUCAGAAACUGUGCUGAGAGUCUGCUGGGUGGAGCGUGGCCCACUUGGAAAGCUAGGACCUCACAUGGGCGCUGAAGACCAAAUAUAAUGAGAUAAUAAUCAUCCCAGCUUGUGUCAGUGUCAUACUCGGAGCUGUGCCCAAGCAAUAAAGCCUUUCACCUUA